AUGCACGUGAACAAGAGGAUCGGCCGAUUCAAACAAUGGGCUGGAGAACGCAUGGGUGGGGAGGCCAAGACCUGUCUCUCUGAUGAUUUCAAGGCAAUGGAGACGGAGAUGGGGGUGCGACAUGAAGGUGUUGAUCGCAUUCAUAAAUCCAUGACCUCUUAUGUGAAGGCUAUCUCGAAGCGCAAUGAGGGAGAUGACAAAGAGAAGACCCUCCCAAUUGCCCAUUUGGGAAGCAGCAUGGUGGCCCACGGCGAAGACUUUGAUGGGAACUCGGAAUACGGCCAAUGUCUGAUCAUGUUUGGACGCACCGAAGAACGCAUUGCGCGCAUCCAAGAAAGCUACAUCGCGCAGGCGACUUCAAGCUGGCUUGAGUCCCUCGAAAGAUCCCUGACUCAAAUGAAAGACUUGCAGCACGCUCGCAAGAAGCUUGACAGCCGUCGGCUGGCAUACGACACUUCUCUCUCUAAGAUGGAGAAGGCUAAGAAGGAGGACUUCCGCGUGGAGGAAGAACUGCGUUCACAAAAAGUCAAGUACGAGGAAGCUAGCGACGACGUGCUGCGUCGCAUGCAGGACAUUAGAGAAGCCGAAUCCGACAAUGUCAUGGACAUGGGGGCGUUUUUGGACGCCCAGCUUGAAUACCAUGAACGGUCCCGUGAGGCCCUCCUGCUGCUGAAGAAUGAAUGGGCUGGGAACGGCCAAGCGCUAGCCCCUCCCCGCCGUCCAACCCGUCCUCGUUCCAACACUGCCCACUCGUACCAGGAACGGUAUGAGCCGUUGCAGGAGGAGUCGAUCAAUGCCACGGAGAUUCGGCCUACCAUCCGAUCAACCAGAUCUAAUACGAAACUAUACACCGAGUCGCCCCCGCGAGAGACCUAUGGGAGUACCAGUGGGGCCACACGCCCCGUUCUCAGCAGAGUUCCCACCUUCGAAGGCCCAGCUCAACUGCGACAAGAACAAUCGCCAGUUGCAUCGCAGUGGAUUCAGCAGCGAACUGCCAGCGAGAAUCUGGCUGGGUUUGGACGUCGAGGCAGCACUCAAGUAGGGGGUCGAAUCUCCGCCGAUCCUUAUGCCGACUCCGAAGAGGUCAGCUCAUAUGGCCGUUCUAGUCCCGAGCGGAUGUUUAGCGGGGGCAGGUCUAUCUCACCCGCAACAUCUCAUGGCAGCGCAGUAUCCCGGAGACCCAGUGCAAACAACUUGAACACUAUUGGAUUGAAAAAGGCUCCUCCACCACCUCCACCAUCUCGUGCCAAGAAGCCCCCUCCACCUCCACCCAUCAAGCGGUCCCUUCUUGCUGCACCAAAUGCACUUAUCCCAAACCGGUACGGUACCAGAGCUGCGCUGCCCCAGGCUACAAUUCAGCACGGAAUCACGCUGUUGUCAGUCCUUUGCUCUGAGCACCCAGAUUUCCCCGAGCCUGUCGCGCAACUCCGUUCCCUCAUCUCCAUUUUCAUCCAUCCACUUUUUGAACGCGCCAUCCCAACGCGCCUUCAACUUUUGAGUUCCCUCCCCACCCUGCUUUACCCCGGGAACUCGCCUUUUUACUCGCUUUCUUUGACUCCCUUGUCCCUGAAAGUACCCGCUCCCCCCAUCGCAUCGGAAGCUCCGACCACGGCCCCAAACAUCACGCUUUCCAUCGCCAAGCAUCCCAUACAGUCGCCCACUGAUCGCAUUCACCAUAAACAAGCUCACCCCACACUGUUGCUUGCCAUUAUCUCGAUCGCGAUCGCCCUUCUCUUCCCCACGCGACUUGGCAAUUGA